AUGGGUGACAGUGCGCAUUAUGAGGUCCUGUCCUUGGAGGAGGUUGAAGGGCUGAAGAAAGAAUUCAAGUUCCUGUCGGGUCGCUUGGAGGCUGCCAAACGGAAACUGGCCUUGGAGACAAAACUUCGUGAUGCAGCCAUGUCCCUCAGCCGACUAUAUAACUCAAAGAGCUCCAGGUCAAGCGAAGAAUAUGAUGUGGGAGGUUCUCCGAAAUCCAAUCGGAGUCGCAGGAGCAUGUUCGGUCGCAAUGGCGCUUCAAGUACCCUCGACAAGACGGAUGGAGAGUUGGCAGUGAGCACGCGGAAGUGCGAGGAGCUUUCGCAGGAAGUCUGGAACCUGGAAAGUAGAGUUCAGCUGAUUCAAAAACGUUUACUGGAGCAUACGGCUGGCGUCCUACAGAUGACCCAUAAAGGAAUAAAGAAAUAUCCGAAGAACAAUGUGCCCAAUACACCUGAGAGCCUUUCCAGCCAUAACCCCCGUGGUAGUAUCGAUGACUUCGAUGAUAGGAGCUUAUACAAAACGUCAGAUCAUCUCAACGAGCUCAAUGGGCAUGGGCCUCAAGGGCCAAGUCCGCUGGCUCAUUCGAAUCAACCGGCAGUCGGCCGCGAUAUGAUCCAAAAUACCGAGAAAAAACUAGAGAUGCUAAGUGGGCAAAUGCGUGACAUGAUUCUACAGUCCAAUCCUGACAAUGACUUCGCUCCGAUUCCACAACUCUCGGCGGAGGGCUCCAUGCCCAACCCUACGGCAACCAUCGAAGCUUACAUAGCAUACAUUGAAAACGGGCUCGGCGCACUCACAACUCACUCUAAUAGCACCCCCGGCACUAGAAGCAUGAACCAUGGGAGCGAUCAACAGCUAGUGGGAGUCAACACUAGACUAUAUCAGAUCGUGAAUGAGUCGGGCUUGCCGCGCUCGCGGACCCUUCCACCACCACCUGAUAUAUCUAACGGGAAUCUUGAGGAACACCUUUCAUACCUAAACGAAGGUAUUGACGGCCUCCAUGAGCGCUUGGGGGGACUUCUUGAGCAGAAGGGCAUCCUAACUACCCAAAUUCAACAACAACGGGAGCUAAACUCCAAAUCAGACGCGGAGAGGGAUGCGCAUAUUGCCGACCUGGUCGAACAGUUGGCUAGUGUGCGCAAGGAGCUCGAUUUAGCUGAGCGAGAAGGGCAACAGUCCAAAGAUAUGCUGGACCACACGAUGGAGCAGCUGGAGGCUGCACGCCGGGAACUGUCCGAUCACCAGCAGCGGGCCAUCCCAGAGGACAAUUCGGAGGCCCUCGCAUCUGAAAAAGAAGCUCGCACACGCGCAGAAGCCGAGGUGUCUCGUCUGCAAACCGUCGUAAAAGAGCUUCAACACGAGAAAGAUGCCCUUGCUGAAGCUCAAGAGGCACGUCUUCGCGCUGAAACUGAGAUUACCCAAUUGCAAGCUGUCGUGCACGAACACCAGCGCGAGAAAGAUAUGCACAAUGAAACCCAGGAAGCGCAUCGUCACGCGGAAAGUGAAAUUGUUCGUUUGAAGAACGUUGUGCAAGAGCUCCAACUCGAAAAAGAUGCUUAUGCCGAAGCCCACGAAGCGCGCCUUCGUGCGGAGGCUGAAGUUGCUCGCUUGCAGGCUGCCAUCCAAGAGCACCAGCGCGAGAAAGAUGCUCACGCCGAGACUCAUGAAGCACGCCUUCAUGCUGAAGCUGAAAUCGCACGUUUGCAGAGUGUCAUCCAAGAGCACCAAAGCGAAAAAGACGUUCACGCCGAGACUCAUGAAGCACGCCUUCAGGCCGAAGCUGAAAUCACCCGCUUGCAGGCUAUCAUGCAGAAACUUCAACAAGAAAACGAGGCUCAAGCGGAUGCCCAUGAAGCACGCGUCCGUGCCGAGACUGAAGUUGCCCGCUUAGAAGUUCAACUCGAACAGAUUCGAUCCGAGUCCAACGGUCACACAGAGCAACUGUCUGCGGUACGCUCCGAGGCAGAUGGGGAGAUCGCACGCCUACAAGCUGUGAUCGAUCAACUUCGCGGUGAGGUCGACGCAAAGGCAGAGGAGGUCACGGAGUCCCGUGAGCGAUCAGAAAAACAGAUCUCGACUCUGGAGGAGAGUAUUCAGCAGAUCCGUACUGAAACUGACGCUCGGCUGAAGGAAGCCACAGACUCGCGCACACAGGCCGAGGAUGAAAUUACUCGGUUGCAAACUUUGAUAGAACAAAUACGCUCCGACGUGGAGUCUCAACUCAGCGAGGCAACCAAGGCUCGGACAGACGCUGAGGAGAAUGCGGUGCGCUUGCAGGCGGAAUUAACUGAGCUAGAAGGUGAAGUUGUGAGGGUUCGGACUGAGCUUACAAUGGCUCAGGCUGAGCUCGAUGGCGCUUAUGGUAGCCGGUCUCAACGGGCAGCCGCUGUCGACCCUGCCCUUCAGAAGGAGCUCGAGGUGUUGACCACCCGUAAUAUCGAGCUGGCGCAGGAGCUUGCCACUUUUAAGGCUGGCAAGCCUGCAAACAGUGACACACAGCGGCGUGUACAGACAUUGGAGAAGGAGCUGCGCGAGACGAUUGACGACUAUGAAGUCAUGACCAAGGCUAGUAUCGAAUUUGAGAAAGAACGCGAGAAGUUUGAGAGCCUCAUUGACGCGCUUCGGGAUCGCUGUGAGCAACUGGAGACGCAAUUGAACGAAGAGCGGAUCACCUGGAUGGGCAUGCACUCAGCGUCAAUGGGACGAGAUGGAACCACGUAUGAGACCACAUCAACCAUGGUGCUGAAGAAUGAAUUCAAGAAGAUGAUGCGUGACACGCGGACUGAAAAUAUGAAGAUACUGAAGGUAAGUACAUCGUUGUCCUUUCUCUAG